AUGGGUGUUUCGAAGGCGGAACUUCACGAGCCUGUCCCAUCCCACUCGUGGGUCUGGGAAGCGCUCCUUUCUCGCUCCCUGGUCAGCACGCACUAUACUGCUCUCGCCUUCCUCCUCGCCGUGUGCAUCCCUUCAGCUCCGCGCAAAUCUAUCCUCCGUUAUGGCCUGCUACUCCUUCAGAUUACCUGCGCUUUGCAGGCUUUUGUGGCACCUCCACCACCGACCUCCGACUCGGCUGUUCUCUACACUACGGGCGUGCUAAUGGCCAAUCUCCUGGCUCGCUACUUUGACCGACUCUACACUACUGUUCCUGAAGAAUCGUUCCACCGCAUCUCAUCCACCAACCAGAGCGAGGAAGAUGCUACCAAGCUUCCCCUCACCCAACGCUUGCCCUGGGCAUUGGAGCUUUUCAGUGUCACCCGCGGUAUCGGUUGGGAUUGGCGCGUGUCCCGUAUUCCAGAGCUCACGGCACCAAAAUCCCGAGCUCGCUUUGUGACAGCUCGUCUCCUGACAAUAAUCACCAUGUACGCCGGCCUAUACUUGCUCGAGGUUACGUGUCAGGAGCUUCUCGCUUCGUACCCAAGCCCAGGAAUUGCCGAUGGCAAUCCGAUUCAAAUCCUCAUGGGUGAUCUGUUCCUGUACGGGCUAAUAGUCCUGGGCCUUGCAUUGGUUAUUUACAGCCACUUCGCGCUCUUCGUCUUGCCACUAUCUAUUCUCUGCGUUGGUCUGCAGAUUGGCCCCGUCGCAUGGCGUGAUAUGUCCGCCUGGCCUCCGGAUUACGGUAGUUUGUGGGAGUCAUACAGCCUUCGACGUUUCUGGGGCAUCACCUGGCACCAGCAGCUACGGCGCCAUACAGGGGCACCUGCGGCUUAUAUACUGUCCUUACUACCUGAAGCAAUGCGAACUUCAAAACGGCGACCUGCUCGGCUGAUCAGACGGUAUUUGUUCGUGCUGAUAACAUUCGUCGUAUCGGGCUUGAUUCAUACGUUUGGAUCGUACCACGUGUCGCGCGGGAUGGGGAUGCCAUCAUCGUAUGGUGGAGAGGUAAAAUAUUUCAUCUCGCAAGCAGUGUUCAUCAUGAUCGAGGACUUCGUAUGCUGGAUGCUGGGGAUCGAUGACCGGUCGGCGGGGGAGGCUUCCACGGUCCGACGGUGGGUGGGAUACACUGUGACGGCAGGCUGGUACUUCUGGAGCCGCGUGCAUUGGAGUGUGAUGCCGGUGGCCCUGGCCAGUGGGAUCCAAGAUGAAAGAGGGCCGUUGUUCAUCGCGUUGGAGCAUACGCGACGGUCCGCAGCGGCGGUUCCGGGAAACUUCGUGGCAAAAGCGUGGAAAAUAUCGCCGUGAGCCAUGUUGCCGGACACAGUGGGAGCAGAGUGGAUCGAAGAUUACGCAAAGAGGCUAGUAUC